CGUUCCGCUUGGUGCUGGCGAUCCCGCCCCCGAAGCGCCGCCGGCCCGGCGGCUCCUCCUUUGCGCGGGGCGGGGGAUCCGCGGCGUGCACGCCUCCUCCUGAGCCUCUUCCUCUAGCGGCAGCGGUGCGGAGGGUGGCGGCGGCGGCAGCUCCGGAUAGUGCCAUGGCGGGGAACGGCGAGCGCACCUUCAUCGCCAUCAAGCCCGACGGCGUCCAGCGCGGGCUGGUCGGCGAGAUUAUCAAGCGGUUCGAGCAGAAAGGGUUCCGGCUCGUGGCCAUGAAGUUCGUACACGCCUCUGAAGACCUUCUCAAACAGCAUUACAUUGACCUGAAAGACCGCCCCUUCUUCCCUGGUUUGGUUAAAUACAUGAGCUCUGGACCUGUUGUGGCCAUGGUAUGGGAAGGACUCAACGUGGUUAAAACCGGGAGAGUAAUGCUGGGGGAAACCAACCCUGCAGACUCCAAGCCUGGCACCAUCCGUGGUGAUUUCUGCAUUCAAGUGGGAAGGAACAUCAUUCAUGGCAGUGACUCUGUGGAGAGUGCACAGAAGGAGAUCAACCUGUGGUUCAAACCCACAGAGCUCAUCAACUUCAAGCCCUGUGCACACGACUGGAUCUAUGAGUGAUGGGUUCCCACAGUGAUUUGUGCCUUCCAACACCUCAUCUCAUUCCAGCUGCUGCCCUGGGAGCAACCACAGUUAGUGCUGAAAGUGACUGUCAAAUAAAUGGGUGUGAACUAA